UUGUAAUGUGUAGUGUCCUGAGACGUGCUGUCAUCUAACGGCAGAAAAGCGAACUCGUGGUUGAUGGCAAGUGAGGGCGCGGCAGCCAGACGGUUGUAGAGUUAGACACCCGAGCUAGGGUUGGUCAGUACUGUAUAUCUGACUAUCUGACAUUACUGAAUACAUAUCAUCGUCUUACGUUAUCUGAUAUCUUAAGAACGUUACAUGGUGUCAGAAGUUAACGUAACACAAAGGUGCCGACGAUGCUGUCGAAUCUUCGCCCACCGGCAGAGCUCGAGAUUUCAUCACCGCAAUUAGCAACAAGAUGGCGGACCUGGCGGCGUGAAUGGGAGAAUUACGCUGUGGCUGUCGAACUCGCUGGCAAGCCCCAGGCCGUCCAAGUGGCCGUUUUUCUCAACUGUGCAGGUGGUGAAGCACAAGAAGUCGCCUCUCAUUUCUCUGGGUGGUCUGCAGAACAAGGGUUGGAUGAGCUAGUGUCACGCUUCGAGGCGUUCUGUGUGCCCCGCCAGAAUGUUGUCCGUGAACGGUACAAUUUCUACACUCGCGGUCAGAAGCCAGACGAGUCGGUCAGCCAAUAUCUAUCGGCCCUUCGAUCUCUGGCAGCAACGUGUGAUUUCCCAGACGGGGACAACAUGCUAAGAGACAGAAUAUGCAUCGGCCUCCGUGACCAGAAAAUACAAGCAGCGCUGCUGAAGCGAGCUGAUUUGACCCUUCAGAUGGCAAUCGACAUAGCGCUAUCCGAAGAAGCCGCCAAUCGUGAUCUCAAGGUGUUUGGAACUGAGUCCCACAGUGAGCAAACAGACAACUUGGCCGCCGUCUCUGGACACAACCGGUCCCAACCGACCCGCAAGUGCAAGUUCUGCGGCCGUGAUCACCCAAUGGUUCGAUCUCGCUGCCCUGCAUGGGGCAAAGCCUGCCUCGUCUGCGGGCAGGCCAACCAUUUCGCAUGCAGUACUAUCUGCGGCUCCCGGCGUCCCCCGCCCGGCUCUGGCGGGCGCGGACCAGUUCGCCAGCCAGCGGCCCGGCCGCUGUCUCUCGCCGCCACCGUGGGCGCCGCCGCCGCCGGCCGCGAUCAGCUGACUGCGACUCCGCCAGCCGGCCAGCGCCGCGACCCGCCUCCCGGCGCGUCAGGUGCACAUCAACAUGAGCACUGGGACGUUUUGUCGACAGCUGGCCAUUCCGAGUGAUCACUCGGACCCAGACCUGCUCGGUCCGCCACGGGAACCCACCGCGUUACCAGAGCCGCCUCAGACUCCUCCCGUCGCCACCGGCACGGGCGUGCGCCCGCUCGUCGUCCCGCCCGUGCCUCCUGGCGAACCGUGGAUGGAUGUGCCGUCAUCUCCUCCGCUCCCGCCGUCCCCCGUCCAUGCGCCUUACGCACCACUGACCGGGGCAGGCUCACCGCCGGUCAUAAGUCGCCGUCCCCAGCGCGAAAGGCGCCCGCCCGCCUAUCUGUCCGAUUACGUUAGAUGAAUCACUGUUCGCGUCAGUUCAGUUCGUGUUCACUGUUCUUGUCAGUUCGUGUCAAUGCAUGCUGGAUGUGGCUGCAUACUUAUCAGCAAACGGUAGAAUGACCAAGCGUCAUGAGAGGUAUGCAAUGUAAAUAUUUUGUUGUGCUUUAUACUGUUUUGCGAUUACCAGUUGUGUUACAGUGCUCAGUCCUUCAGUGCCGCGGUAUAGCUUCGUCGCACAGUAGCUUUGCGUAGCAUUUGAUGUGGUGCAUUGCACAUGUGUGUUCGUGUACGGACACCAGCAUGUCCGUGAUCUCGAUAUCUCAUUGUCGCAGGAGAAGGGAUGUGGCGUAUUGUAAUGUGUAGUGUCCUGAGACGUGCUGUCAUCUAACGGCAGAAAAGCGAACUCGUGGUUGAUGGCAAGUGAGGGCGCGGCAGCCAGACGGUUGUAGAGUUAGACACCCGAGCUAGGGUUGGUCAGUACUGUAUAUCUGACUAUCUGACAUUACUGAAUACAUAUCAUCGUCUUACGUUA